UUCCUCCUGCAGCUGAGUGGCCUGUCUCUUCUCGCCGUGGGAAUAUGGUUGACUGUAGAUAGGGAUCCCUUCCUCCACCUUCUGGCGCCAUUCUCCAAUCAGUUCCUGCAGUUGAUUAACAUUGGUUUAUUCUGCAUCUCCAUUGGGGCCACACUGGUGCUGCUGGGACUCCUGGGAAGCUGUGGGGUUCGCAAGGAGAGCAAGUGUCUCCAGCUGACUUUCUUCUCCAUCAUCCUGGUUAUUUUCAUCUCUGAGGUGGCAGCUGGAGUCGUGGCCCUGGCCUACUCUUCAUUUGCUGAAAACAUCCUCAGAGCAUGGGCGACCCCUGUGUUACAGAAUGAUUAUGGCAUUGAUCCAAUGGUCACCAGGAUCUGGAACACCACCAUGACAGAUUUGAAGUGCUGUGGUUUUUCCAACUACACCGACUUUAUGGGUUCAGAGUUUGAGGAUCAGAACGAAUACGGCCUCCCACCCAGCUGCUGCCACAACAUCGACCCCUGCAGCCCAGCCGAGGCGGCACACCUACCUGUCCAGGGCUGCUUUGAUCACAUACUAAAGAUCCUGAGAGAAAAAACCAUCACUGUGGGAGGCAUCGCAGCCGGAGUUGGACUGUUAGAGAUCGCUGCCAUGAUCAUCUCCAUGUACCUGUUCUCUCACCUGGAUGGAAAAGUCAGCUGAAGUUUCUCCUCCCUAACUGUGGGGGCAGUAGAUCCUGCUGCUGUUCGCUGCCACGUCACUCUCUUUCACUCACUGCUUUAACUUGUUUAACUUGAUUUAAAUUGAGUACAAAGAGAACGUUUACUGAUAUCUACGAACUAUAAAUACAUAUAAAUAAAACAACAAA